GGUUAUAAAUAGAGCUCCCUACGUUUAGUCAGCUUUGUGAUGAACACAUGGGGGUAUCCUGACGGUGAACAGCACAGGAGAGGAGGGUGCUCGCGCCUUUGACGUAAGUAGGGUGAGAAGAGGCUAUCAGAUCCAGGAUGGAGAAACGCCCGAUCGAGCCACCAGAUGGUGGCUACGGAUGGGUCGUGGUCACCUCUGCCUUCUUCAUCAUGGGCCUCACCGCUGCUGUUCUAAAAAACUUUGGCCUGUUCUUCCUUGACAUCCAAAGACACUACAGUGUUUACACCAGCACUACCUCAUGGGUGACCUCAACCACCAUUGCUGUUUUUCAUUUAGGAGCUCCUCUCGCUAGCACUAUCAGUAUGCACUUGUCACAACGGAGCGUCAUCAUGAUCGGAGGGCUCCUGGCUGCCUCAGGGAUGAUUAUUGCCUCUUUGGGCCUCAGUCUGCCGUGGAUGUAUGUGUCUAUGGGUGUGCUCCAAGGUCUUGGAAUGUCAUUAUGUUGGAUACCAGCAAACAGCAUGGUCAGCCAUUAUUUCAAACGCUGGCGUCCGAUCGCCUAUGCAGUCGCGAGCUCCGGAGAGUGUGUGUUCGCUAUGAUCUUCAGCCCGUUUUUUCAGUGGCUCAUCGAAAGCUACACGUGGCGGGGGGCUGUACUCAUUAUCGGAGGUCUUCAGCUGAAUCUGUGUGUGUGUGGUGCUCUAAUGCGACCCCUGCAACCAAACCCAGUCACGCAAAACUCUAUUCAAGGCUCUAAAGAUCAGAGCGGGACAACAAAAAAAGUCACUUUCCAAUGGUGUCUGAUUCAGAGACCCGAGCUGCUGCUAUACAUCAUGUUUGCCAUCCUGGCCGCGGCAGGUUUCUUUAUCCCACCAUUGUUUUUGGUGCCCUAUACCAACAGCCUGGGCAUGGAGCAGUACUGGGCCGCCUCUGUCCUGUCGGUGCUGGCGCUGGCAGACCUGCUGGGCAGACUCGCGUGCGGGUGGCUGGCAAACCUGCGCCUCGUAAGGAACCUGCAGUUGUUGACCAUGGUGGUCACGGCUGGAGGGGUGGUGCUACUUCUGCUUCCUGUUGCACAGGACUACUGGGCCAUCCUGGUGUUCUCCUCGAUGUACGGAUUCUUGUUUGGAUGCGUGAUAGCCAUCCAUGUGACCAGUAUUGUGGAUAUUGUUGGACUAGAGGGGUUUGACAGCGCUCUUGGGCUCUUCAUGCUUUUACGGAGCUCUGGGGGAUUUGUGGGACCACCAGCUGCAGGUUGGCUGGUGGACUGGGCCGGUGACUUCAGUGCUGGUUUCUACUUGUCUGGCUUCUGUCUCGUCCUCUCUGGGAUUUUCGUGGUGUUUGUUGACAGACUGUUGGAGAGGAAAAAACUCCCUGUGAAGCAAACAGAUUCAUGUUCAGACACCACAGAUGAUCAAAUCAUCAAUGCCGACCGUACAGAUGUUUAAAAGUACAUUUUUAUAUUGUCAAUUUCGUUUUUAUUAUAGAAAGUGUGUUGUUUUUUUUAGAAAGAUAUUGUAUUAAUGUUUUUACUUGAAUGCAACAGGUACUGUAUUAACCUCAAUGACUUUCCUUUUAAGUUGUACUGACUGUCCAAUUUAUAAAUCACUACUAAAAGCUUAUAGUUGUGAAUCAGGAUAUAAUAAAAAGAUUGUU